AUGUCAGUGAGCCAGGCGAUGUCAUGUUGGUUUCUAUUUACAGGGUUCUCGUUCCCUCUCUCUCUCUCUCCCCGACACUGAUUCGAACGCACCACAUAUUUAUAUCCGCUGACACCGUGGAAUGAUGCGCCGAUGAAACAAACAACACAGGACAACACAUCGUCCCGAUUUCACGCAUAUUCUCUCGUUCUCUCGUCUGUCCUCGUCGCUUCCGAUACAAAAUGAUGCACAUUUCAAACGAUUCGCAUCGCGUCGUAGCUACAACAAUUCAAUAACAUCCCCCGCUCUCCGCCAUUCCCUGUGGAUGCUGCUGGUAGUAUGGUGAUGCGGGCGAUCAAAUAGAGCUCCGUUUGGUGAAAGACUUGCGAGGCUUCGGGUCAAUCGGGGGAGGUGACGGGGUUCAGUUUAAAGGUUCCCAAUGUUGAACAUGUCGACCCCCAGCGAGCUGAAGUCUCCGUGUGUCCCGAGGAACGGCAUGGUCAAGCUCCCCCCUCAGCCCAACGGUCUGGGCAGCGCCAGCAUCACCAAGGGCACGCCCGCCGCCAAGAACCGCCUGUGCCAGUCCUCCUCCGUGCCCGGCAUCCUACCCCCGCCUUCCCUACCCUACCACCUGGACCCCCUCAACCCCCUGGGUCCCUCUCUCCUGGGUCCAGACCUGGACCAUAGCCCCCUGACGGCCCUCAAACCCCCGCUGCGCCAGGUCCCCCUCACCUUCCCCAAGCCUCACCUUCCCCUCACCCUGCCUCUGGCCCUUCUGCCGCCCCUGGAGCGCCAGCUGGCCCUGGAUGAGAAGCUGCUCAACAGGCUGCUGUGGUACUUCACCACGGCUGAGAAGUGUGUCCUGGCCCAGGUGUGUAGGACCUGGAGGAAAGUGCUGUACCAGUCUAAGUUCUGGGAGGGGGUCACGCCCAUCCUCCACGCCAAGGAGCUGUACGCCCUGCUCCCCGGCGGAGACAAGGAGUUUGUCAGCCUGCAGGCCUUCGCUCUCAGGGGGUUCCAGGCGUUCUGUCUGGUGGGAGUUUCAGAUCUGGACAUCUGUGAGUUCAUUGAUAACUACCCCUUAUCCAAGAAGGGGGUGAAGUCGGUCAGUCUGAAGAGGUCCACCAUCACAGACGCAGGCCUGGAGGUGAUGCUGGAACAGAUGCAGGGUCUGAUGCACCUGGAGUUGGCCGGUUGUAAUGACUUCACGGAGGCCGGUCUGUGGUCCAGCCUGAACGCACGGCUCACCUCGCUCAGCGUCAGCGACUGUAUCAACGUAGCAGACGACGCCAUCGCUGCCAUCUCACAGCUACUGCCCAACCUGUCAGAGCUCAGCCUGCAGGCCUACCACGUAACCGACACAGCCAUGGCUUACUUCACAGCCAAACAGGGCUACACCACUCACACACUGCGUCUCCACUCGUGUUGGGAGAUCACCAACCAUGGUGUGGUUAACAUGGUCCACAGCCUGCCCAACCUCACGGCUCUGAGCCUGUCAGGCUGCUCUAAAAUCACUGAUGACGGGGUGGAGCUGGUAGCAGAGAACCUGAGGAAGCUGCGGAGCCUGGACCUCUCCUGGUGCCCACGCAUCACUGACAUGGCCCUGGAGUACAUCGCCUGUGACCUCCACAAGCUAGAGGAGCUGGUACUGGACAGAUGUGUGAGGAUUACAGAUACAGGUCUAGGUUACCUGUCCACCAUGUCUUCUUUGAGGAGUCUCUACUUGCGCUGGUGCUGUCAGGUGCAGGACUUUGGGCUACAGCACCUGUUUGGCAUGAGGAGUCUACGUCUUCUCUCUCUCGCAGGUUGUCCACUCCUAACCACUACAGGUCUAUCUGGUUUGAUCCAGAUCCAGGAUCUAGAGGAGUUGGAGUUGACCAACUGUCCUGGAGCCACAGCCGAACUCUUCAAGUACUACUCACAACACCUGACACGCUGCAUGGUCAUCGAGUAGCCCCCCGCCCCCAGAUCCCCAUCACACCCCCCUCUAACCUACCACCUUAUCCAACUACCAACUGACCUGCCUACCAAUCCCCGGCCCCAACUACCCCAACUACCGACCACUCCCUUACUUCAGCCCAACGAACGUAGAGGAGGAAUGAUGACGAUGUCGAUGGAGCCAGCCAGGAUCUCUGCUCCAGCCAGGAUCUCUACUCCAGCCAGGAUCUCUACUCCAGCCAGGAUCUCUGCUCCAGCCAGGAUCUCUGCUCCAGCCAGGAUCUCUACUCCAGCCAGGAUCUCUGCUCCAGCCAGGAUCUCUGCUCCAGCCAGGAUCUCUGCUCCAGCCAGGAUCUCUGCUCCAGCCAGGAUCUCUACUCCAGCCAGGAUCUCUGCUCCAGCCAGGAUCUCUGCUCCAGCCAGGAUCUCUGCUCCAGCCAGGAUCUCUGCUCCAGCCAGGAUCAACCAGGGAACAUUUACAGCAGAUGGAAUAAACUAUUUAAUAAAAUAAAGGGAAUUGAUGGAUUGGAGGGAUGUUCUGUACAGACCAGACAGUUUAACAUGGCUGUGAGCUCAGAGGGAUGUUCUGUACAGACCAGACAGUUUAACAUGGCUGUGAGCUCAGAGGGAUGUUCUGUACAGACCAGACAGUUUAACAUGGCUGUGAGCUCAGAGGGAUGUUCUGUACAGACCAGACAGUUUAACAUGGCUGUGAGCUCAGAGGGAUGUUCUGUACAGACCAGACAGUUUAACAUGGCUGUGAGCUCAGAGGGAUGUUCUGUACAGACCAGACAGUUUAACAUGGCUGUGAUGGAUUGGAGGGAUGUGAGCGCAGAGGGAUGUUCUGUACAGACCAGACAGUUUAACAUGGCUGUGAUGGAUUGGAGGGAUGUGAGCGCAGAGGGAUGUUCUGUACAGACCAGACAGUUUAACAUGGCUGUGAUGGAUUGGAGGGAUGUGAGCUCAGAGGGAUGUUCUGUACAGACCAGACAGUUUAACAUGGCUGUGAUGGACUCAAAGUGGAGAAAGGGAUACGUCUGGGACGCACAGGAUCAUUGAACACACACACACUACACACACACACACACACUGUACACACACACACUGUACACACACUACACACACACACACACACACUGUACACACACUGUACAC